CAGUCAGAGUACCGAUAGAUGUCAAUACGAAGAACUGUCAGAAUUUGUCAAACGUUAUCACGCUUGUUCAUUUUAAUCGUAUACGUAUAUAACGAUUUAAAUCGUGAAACGUGAAACCACGCGCGAUAAGCCAGCCUCCGCGAAUGCAUUCGUUGAGCGAUUACUAAAUACAGAUUUGUUCGUUCACGCUUUAUCUCGUGAUGAAUCGGCAUAACCUUCGCGCGUAUAUACGAUUCUAAUUACUCGAAUUAAUUGAAGCGUUUCACUGUUGUGAGAUUUUUUUGCGACUGAAUAAUACUAUCGCAGUACUAUGAAGUUACACGAUGGAGCUCUCCGAAUCACGUAAUCUCGUUAAGGAUUUAGAUUUAACCCUUCAACCGCGAAUCGCCCCGCGGUAUAAGAUCUGGCUUCCCCUCGCCACACAACAGUUACGGCUCAGAAGUUUAAUACAAAUAAUAGGCCAUAAUCUAAAAGCCAACGUAAAUGGAGAAGUAUGUUGGUUCUAUUACACGUUGCAUAAAUCAAGCAUGUCGUCUCCGUUGUAUACGAGCGAGGCGAUUGACAAUGCCAAUCCAAGAUGGUUGAGUCUUGAAGUGCCCACUCUGCACGCCACAGGUUAUUCAACAGCCAGUGAGAUUAUCCUAAGGAUCUGGAGGCGUUCAAUGCGAGGUGACAAUACAACUGAUGUAACCCUCUUCACCUGGGCGAUAUCUUUCACAGGAUUAAUGUACAUCGGUCCUAAACUUCCAACUAAUUUAGAGACCAUCCUGAAAGAAAACUCUUUGAUAUUCCAUUUUCAAGGUGGAUACUUCACUCCUGCAUACUGCUUUGUAACAAAUCCGAACUUGAAUCGAUAUCUUUACAUGAAAAUAAAUAUAUCUGAAGUUAAGAGUAGUUAUACUGUAAAUAAGCUUAGUAGUUUAAGAAGUAAAAUGCAGGCACUAAAACAACAAACAGAGUCAGUGCAAGCACUCAGAGUACGCAUUGCUUCGGGUGAUGAUUUUCAUACUCCCAAAUAUCCACAAACAACUUUGAAUAGACUAUUGCAACCACGAAGAGUGAACAGGGAAAAGAAAAUGGAAAUUAUGAAAAUACGUAAAGAGCUAGAAAUGGCUAAAUUUAGAACGAAAUUGUUAGAACAAGAGAGAGCGCGGAAAAUGGCAGAAAUUCGUGUAUUAAAUCAAUUACACACUAAUAUUGUAGAAGAAAAUCAAGAUCAUGGUUCUGAUUUGAUGGAAAGAUAUAGAGAGCUGAAUAAAGACAUGGAGAGACUGAAUGAAUGGCGACAAAAUCACAUGGAUACAAGGGAAACGUACCUGCAAAUGAGCAGCCAAUUAGCGCAAAGGCGACGGCAAUUAAUUUCAGAAUUGAGUUUAAUAUAUUCGAUUAGACAGGAUAAUAUUGGAAAAUUCAAAAUAAACGAUGUUUAUUUACCAGACAGCGAAGAAUUAGAGUUAUCAAAUGACACACAAGUAGCUGUUGCAUUAGGCUUCGUCGCGCAUACAACGCAGAUGAUUGCAAAUUUUCUGAAUGUACCGACCAGAUAUCCUAUCAUACAUUAUGGCUCGCGCAGUAAAGUUAUAGAUCACAUUACAGAAAGUUUACCCGACAACGACAGACAAUUUCCACUGUUUGCUCGAAGUAAGGACAAAUUGCAAUUUCAUUAUGCUGUAUAUCUGUUGAAUAAAAAUAUCGCACAACUUCGAUGGUAUUGCGGCCUUCCUACCACCGAUUUAAGAGCGACUCUACCAAAUCUUGCUAUGCUAAUUAACAUAAAACCCAAUCAGAUGCACUUGGAUGAUUCAAAACGAACAUUUUCUACCUCAUCUUUGGACACUGAAGGUGGUAAUGGUAAACAAAAUCCUCCUCUCACACCACCACUCCAAAAAAUAAUUUUUGAGAAAUGUCACCGUUCUUCUCGAUCGAUGAGUCAGUUGAAGAAUAUCAAGUCGUCGCUUGGAUCCUCUUUGGAUCAGGGUCUGGACAAACCUGUGCAAUCAUCUGCCUUGGAUAAGCAAUCAAAGCGUAUUUGUAAAUCAGAAGAGAGUGCCAUUGACAAUAAAACUUUGGUACUGGCUAAAGACAGGUCGAGUAAUAGCAGUAAUGAGACGUUAAACGGUGCCAUUUUGAAUAAUAUCGAUAAUAUAACUCUUAAAGAUAAAGAUAAUUUUGUCGAGAUUAGCAAUAAGGUUGUUAUUGAGAGUAAUAUCGAAAUCAUGAUACCUACGUCGGUUUCUAAAGUAAGAAAUGUCGCGGAUAGUUUGGAAAGUUCCGCAAGUGCUCGAGAUAGAAGCUCCAAUUCUAUAAGUAGCUGUGAAAUGGCUCUCAGUAGUAGUCAAAAUGACGUGGAUGAUAAUUGUAAUGAUAAUCAUGCUAGAAAAGAGAGAAUCGACGAUAAUGUGUUCCCGAUUGAUGACAGUUUGAGAAAUGUCAAAGAUGCGAUAGAUAGUGUGUUGAGGAACGGCGAACACACUAAAGUAUAUAAUUCCAAAAACGACGUUCCACAAAAUUAUGACACAAGUAGUAGUACAAUUAUGAGCGAACAAAAUAGUACUCAAAGCUCGCUUAUGGAAACUGCCAUUUAUAGUAGAGAAGGUUUUGCCAAAUCGUGCUUAUCUUUGGAUAACAUGUGUACUUAUGAACAAUCGGAACAAAAACAGAGAACAAAUUCCAUUUGCAGUUAUCCAGAAGAAUAUACAAGAAAUGCUGCAUUACAACAAAAACAUUGCUUUGAUUCAACAGAGGAUAGACCGAGUUAUCCUCAUGUUGAGAAAUGGCCUGAAAAUAUUGUAAAAACCGAACUAAUGGUGGAUACGAGAUCGAUUUUAAAUACAUCAAAAUCAGACUGCUAUUCGUACGACGAAGUAAAAACACCAUGUGACAUUCAAGCGUCGAGUGAGUAUAUAGACAUCAUUAGGCGUAGUUCGGAAAACGUGUGUGCGCGCACCGAAGCUUUAGCUAACAAGAAAACUAGUUUCAAAGUUAUGAAACCGCGUCUUUAAUAUCUUUGCCUAUGUCACAAAAUUGUGCCCUAAUAAUGAUAUAUAUAAGCACCAAAAAGUCAUAAGAAGACACGAUUAGUUUAUGUGUCGGAGUUACAUGUGGCAUCUCUUUUUUAUGUACAUUGUAUAUAAUAUGAUAAAAAUUUUAUUUAAAGUUGAGUUUUUUGAAUUUUUGAAUUGGAAUUAUGAAAUAUAUAUAAAAUAUAUAAAAAAUAUUAUUUUUAAAGUAAUUUAA